AUGAAGAUCAAAGAAGUGAGUUUUUACUGGUCUUCCCCGAAAUUUCGGUGUUUUUAGGUGAAAAUCACGGGAUUUCGAAGCUACAAAGACAAUACGCACGUCUUUGGCUUCAGUCCUCGCUCGAACGUUGUUGUCGGACGAAAUGGAUCGGGAAAAUCCAACUUUUUUCAUGGUUUGUCGGCAACUCGCCGCACAAUUCUGUAUUUUCGCUUUUUCAGCUGUUCAAUUUGUGCUCUCCGAUGACUACAGUCACCUGAGAGAAGAGAAUCGUCUGCAGUUGCUCCACGAGAGUACCGGACCGAAGGUUUGUCGUAAAAAAGAUAAGUUUUAUUGAAAAACCUAUCGAUUAAGGUCGCUCAUGCUCGCGUCGAAAUUAUAUUCGAUAAUUCUGAGAAGCGAAUGAUGGCGUUCGACGCUCCAGAAGUGAGAAUAGUUCGUCAGAUUGGCAAAAAGAAAGAUCAGUACUAUAUCGACAACAAAAUGGUCUCCAGAGCCGAGGUAAAACUAUAGAAAAUGUGGGGAAAAUUUAAAACACAUCUUUCAGGUUGUGAAUUUGAUGGAAUCCGCCGGUUUCUCCCGCUCUAACCCCUAUUACAUUGUCAAACAAGGAAAAAUCAAUGAAUUGGCGACGUCGCCGGACACCUACAAGCUCAAACUUCUCCGCGAAGUCGCCGGAACCCGUGUGUACGACGAGAGGAAGGAAGAGUCGUUGAAAAUCCUGAAAGAGACGAAAAUGAAGACGGAAAAGAUUGAGGGACUGCUCAAGUACAUUGACGAACGCCUUCAAACUCUGGAAAAUGAGAAGGAAGACUUGAAAGAGUACCAGAAAUUGGAUAAAACGAAGAGGAGUAUCGAGUACACGAUGUACGAUAAUACGAACAAAGAGGCGACCAAGGAGCAGAAGAAUUUGGAUACCAGUAAAUCGGAACUGACACAAAAGGACAAUAACCUGAAGAGUCAGCUGUCGGAUUUGCAGUCGGAGAUGACAAAGUUGCAAAGUGAGAAGAAGAAGUUGGAAAGUCAAGUGAGGGGGUACAAAGAGGAGAAUGAGAGUUUGCAAGCGGAGAACACGGCCAUGAUCGAGGAGAGAAUGAAGUUGAAGUUGGAGAUCGAUUCGCUGAACGAGGAGUCGUCCAAGUAAGUCGCCGGAAGCCAUUUCAGACUUAUUCCCCUCUGUUUCCAGAGAACGUCAAGGCCGUAAAAACGCGGAAGACUCUUUGCAAACUGUGACCGACGAGAUUUACGAGAAAGAGACGGAGCUCGAUGAGAUAAAGCCGAGAUACGCGACGCUGGUCGAAGAAGAAUCUCGUCUCACCACUGAUAUUCGAAUCGACGAGUCUCGAAUCAAGGAGAUGCUCUCAAAACAGGGACUCCGCUCUCAGUUCGGAUCCAUCGACGAGAGAGAUCGGUUUCUGAGACAGGAAGCUCGUCGCUUCGCCGGUCUCAUCGCUGACAAUCAGGAGCAGAUGGCCGUCAUCGAGAAAGAGCUGGAAGACGUGGAAGGCGAGCACGAGAAGCUGAACAGGGACAUACAGACGAUCAGUCGGGAGAUCGAGGAGAACCGCUUCGAGCUCGACAACCACGGCGGAAAUGCGAGCGCUCUCAAGCAGAAGUACGAUGAGGCGUACGCGGCAGUUCAGGCGGCGAACAGAGAGGAGAAAACGGUCAGGGACGAGAUGGCCGGCGUCGAGCAGGACAUUGCUGCCGCCCACGAGCAGUUGAGAAGGCUUGUGGCCAGACCGAUCUACAAUGGAGUCACUGGCGUACGGAAGGUCAUUGAGGAGUUCAAGGCGGAGAAUCGGAACGGUCAGCACGAUGACGUCAUCAACGGAUAUCAUGGCACUCUGAUCGAGCUCGUCGAAAUCGAGAGCGUUUUCAACACUGCCGUCGAAGUCAUCGCUCAGAACCGUCUCUUUUACCAUGUUGUGGACACUGAUCGGUUUGUUUUUGCUUCUCCGUUUUCCACAUAUUGUAAAUCUUCAGAAUCGCCUCCAAAAUACUGCGCAAAUUCAAUGAAAUGCAACUGCCGGGCGAGCUCAACUUCUUCCCGAUGAACCGCAUCGGUACAACUCGCGAACGUCCGCCGCCAGCCUCGUCGGAUUGCCGGCCAAUGUCCGAGAUUAUGGAUUUCGAUUGUAAAUUCGAGAAAAUCUUCAAAUCCAUCACCGCAAACGUGAUCAUCGUGCGCGCACUCGACGAAACGGCACGACGUCUCCGCAACGAGGGAUACGACGUCGUCACGAUGGACGGAGAUCAAAUGUCGAAGAAGGGAGUGAUGACCGGAGGAUACAUCGAUCGGAAACGCACCAAACUCGAGCUUCACGCCGAAAAAAACAAAGUGCAGGCGCUUCUGGAAGAGCUGAAAGUGAAGUUGGAGGGCGCGGAGAGAAAGGUUCGCGAGAAGACACACGCGGCCGAAAAAGUGAAAAUGGAGAUGGUGGAGAGCGAGAAUAAAAUCGGAGAUUACCACCGAAGACAUAGACAGUGGACCGAGCAGAAGAACGCGCUGAGCCAUCAGUUCUUCAUGAUUCAGAAGAUGAAGGAGCCGAAGAAGGACCAGUUGUUACAGAGCAGAAACCGAUUGAGAGAACUGCAGGCGCAGAAGGACAAUCUCGAACAGGAGAUCGGAACGGCGAUGAGUUCGCAGCUGACGGCCGACGAAGAGGAGACUGUGAAGGCACUGAAGAAGAAGGUGGAUCAGAUGAAGGCGCAGUUGACGAAGGUGGCCCGCGAGCGGAUGGAUUUACAGCAUCGGAAGAACAACAUUGAGAAUCUGCUCACCAAGAAGCUGUACAAGACGAAGGAGAAUCUGACGUCGCGCGUCGACGACAUCUCGGACAACGAACGACGUCACAAACUGGAGACGUGCAACUCGGCGCUCGCCUCCCUCCUCGCCCGAAUGCAUGCCGUCCGGCAGCAACUCGACGCCGUCAACGCAGAAUUAUCCGAUUUCGAUCAGCGAAAUGAGACUCUGCAGCUCAAAAUUAACGAUCUUGCUGUAAGAGAAUCCGGAUAGCCUCUUUAAAGACGGUCUUUGUUUUCAGGAACAACAGCGAGACCUAGAGUUGCAACAGGCGGCCUUCCAGAAGGAACUGGAGAGGAUCGUAGUGAGAACCGACGAAGUGAACACGAAAAGAGAAGACGCCCUUAAAAAGGUACAGAAAGGAUUGUCGACUGUUCUAAAACAUUAUUUUCAGAUGCGUCAACUCGGCGCCCUUCCGACCGACACCUUCUCAAAGUAUCAGAAUGUGAAGCCGCGAGAGCUGGAGAAGAAACUGCUCGAGUGUGUGAACAAUCUGAAAAAGUACGAGAAUGUGAACAAGAAGGCUCUGGACCAGUACAUGACGGCCUCGCAGCAGAAGGAAGAGCUCACGAAGCGAAUGGCCGAGCAGAAAAAGAGUGAAGACGUAAGCGAUUCUCCGGGGGUAGUAAUCAAACAAACAAUCUAUUUUCAGUCAAUCGAAGAGUUGCUCAAAGUGCUCGAAACGCGAAAGUACGAGGCGAUCAACUUGACGUUCAGGCAGGUGAAAAAGAACUUUGAGGAGGUGUUCAAGCAGUUGGUUCCGCACGGACGCGGAAAGAUGAACAUGCGGAUGCGCGAUCCCCGCGAAGGCGAGGAGAACAUCAAUACGGUCGAACUGUACGAGGGCAUCACCGUGCUCGUCUCGUUCGUUUCCGACGACGGAGAGGCCGAGACUCGCGAGAUGACCCAACUGUCCGGCGGCCAGAAAUCGCUCGUCGCACUCGCCAUUAUUUUUGCCAUUCAGGUGCGAUUUAGCAGGGAAAUGUUCACUUGGAAUGUUGAGCUAGUGUUCAGGAGUAUAUUGAAACCGCAAACGUCCGGCAAUUGCGCCCUACCGCUCUGAGAGCGGCGCUCUCCACGCAAAUUGGCGGCGCUACAACGAAGUAGAACUCGCACGGAAUGAAACUGUUACGGUUUGGAACUCGCAACGUUAAAAUAUAACUACGAGUUCCAUUCCGUUCAAGUUCUACUUCGUUGUAGCGCCCGCAAAUUCAGUGCUAAAUUGGAAAAUGUCGUGACGGCGGCCGGUAGAGAGCGACAUUGUUAGAAUUCGGAAAACCCCUGUUUUUAGCCGACUUGAUAAGCUCGUAAAUCUUUUCAACACGUCAAAUUUCCCAUUUUCAGAAGUGCGAUCCAGCGCCAUUCUACCUGUUCGACGAAAUCGACGCCGCCCUUGACGCCCAACACAGAAAAUCAGUGGCGGGUUGGAACUGUAACAUGUGUGCGCUAUUGUCCAUUUCCAAUAUUGCAGAUAUGAUCAAAUCGCUGUCCGAUCAGGCCCAAUUCGUGACCACAACUUUCCGACCGGAGCUGCUGGCGACCGCCGAAAAGUUCUACGGAGUCCGUUUCCGCAACAAAGUGUCGCACAUCGACUCGGUCACGCGCGAGCAGGCCUACGAUUUCGUCGAGGAUGACACCACUCACGGAUAG